AAUUUUCAAAUUUUAUGUCUUGGUUCUUGUGCAUUUCUGUAUUUUCUUUGGUUAUUUGGAAACUUGAAAGUGCUCGUAACUUUUUAUUGUUUCCAUUUGCAAAAUUUCCUUUGAAAGAGAUAAAUCCAACACGAAACAGAAAGAGAGAGAAAGAGAUCUCCGACGUAGUUUUCUUUCUGAUUCUUACAAGGUGUUUGGAAAAGAAAGGAUAGAAUCUUGAAUGUAUCAGCUCAUUUUUUCUGCAUUUAGGUUAACCCAGUGCCUACAACUGUUUCUGAAUUCUCUGUAGAUGAUAAGCGGCUAUAGCUAGUGAGGGAUUUUUAUGGAUUUUAUUGCUUCUUGGUUAAUUACGGAAAUCGCUCUGCUCCAUCUUCUCGACUCCUUCACCUUCUGAGAACAGAUCAACGUUUUGUUUAAGCUGGAGCGAACUUAGAAAUUUUCCUUGGGAAAUCAACAAAGGGGUCGUCAAGGUUUUGGGUGAUUAGGACUCUAAACAGAGAGAGAGAGACGCGUACAGUUGCUGACGCAUCGGCUCCAGGAAGCAAGCGAUGGAGGUAUAUGGCCAAUCCAUGGUUGCAGGCCCUACCAAUGUUAUUUUCCUAUCGAGUAUUCUUGGCCGUGAUGAGGCAAUUCCUUUUCAUAAAUGUGAUUGGAGAUGUGAAAAUGAGCAUGUUUGCGGAAACAUGUAUCGCUGCAAAUUAACCGGGAUCACGCACAUCUGUGACAAAAACUGUAACCAGAGAAUUUUGUACGAUAACCAUAGCUCUCUUUGCAGAGUGAGCGGCCACGUUUUCCCUCUUACUUCAUCAGAGGAGCAGGCAGUGAGAGGAACCCGGAGGAAGGUUGAAGUGGAGAAUUCCUCCCUUGAUAGCUGUGCUUUUAAGCGUAGGCGUGAUGCUGAGCUUCACCCUUCUCCUUUUGAGAGGUCUUUCUCGGCAAUUGCCCCAAUCUGCAGUCAAAUUGGAGAUGGCAUGGAUAUGAGCUAAAUGGUUGAGGCGUUCCGGAGUCCUUUUCUUCUUCCUCCUUUUCCAUUUUCUUCUUUGUUUUUUUCUUUUUUAACCUUUCAAAUGUUCUCCAUGGACAGACAUAGAGAACAGGACUCUUGCUAUGGAGACUUCAAAUUGGGACUGCAGUGUUCCGCUGUCUGUAGGAACAGCUUAUGAUAAAUACUUAAAGACAUUUUAUAUAGAAUUGAGCCCCUGUAACUUGCGGAUUACUUGAAAAUUCAGAUGUGCUCUAAUCGUCAGUUAAGAAUAGGUUCCUCAAGUUGUAUUUCAGUUGCCUUCUAACUGUUAAACUUCAAGUAUGUUGUCUCGAGGCCUACUGUAGGGCCUUAAUGAGACACCGAGUCCCUACUAAAUUCAAAUAAUUUAGUUCCAUCUGUUGUGAUUUUUGUAUUAUGACUGAUGUCUGAUUUCUGCUUGUUUGUUGUUCCUAAUCCUUCUUUUAGCGUAAUGUACUUUGAUUAUGAUGUGCCCAUUCUUUUGUUAGGAAAGAUAACUUGCACCUUGUACUCUUGUGGUGACAAGUUUAGCUUUCUGUUGUGUUAUUUACUGGUGACAUUGUCUCCUUAUCUAGCCUCAAUACCUUUUGUAUUGCAAUCGCAUAUUUGUAGACAUAGCAUGAUUUUGUUAAUGAUUUAAGGUUGGAUGAUCCAAAGCUAUUCGACUAAAAAAAAAAUAAAAACCUGUGUUCAUUGAUAGGAGUGCAGUGGCUCUCUUGCUAGUUAAAGCAAAGGGGUAUCGGUUUUUAUCUGGUAGCGAUCUUUCUAAAUACUUCUCUCACUGGUUUACUUAUCUUAGUUUAGAUGCAGGUUGAUGGAGAGAAAGGUCUUGUUGUUUCUGCUCAGAUCCCACCCUGUACUCCUUUGGUAAAAAUGAUGUUUACCUUGAUUUGGUAGGGGUUGGUAUCUGCAUGUAUUGCUGAAGAUCUUGUUAAUUUUGCAGGAGGCCUAAAAGAUCCAGAAGGCCCGAGAAAAUAUGUUACUGCAAUUAUAAAUAUGAUUAUUAUUAUUGUUGUUGCUAUUUAUUUAUUUACUUGCUUUGUGUUGUUAUCAUCUGAAAUAGAGUUUCCCGACUUUUUUCUCAUCUUAUCUUUUAUCUUUUCUCUCUCCUUGCAGCAGCUCUUAGUUUAUUCAGUUGUAGCUUGCAGUGGGGGAUCCCAGAAGCAGUAUCUGCCAUGUCUUUUCUCUCCCUUGAUUGGAUCUAAUGUGACUGUACUAUAGGAGGAGAUUCCAGAGAAUUAUCUGUUACCAAUGUAGGUGGGGUAACUCUGCUGCUGUAAUUGUAAAUCAGAUCAUCUGUGGAUGAGAAUGAGGAAUCUUGAUUGAUGAUGUUCUAUCACCGCCAGCCAGCUAGCCGUCUCCACAAGGCAGGUUCUGCCUCCCUGUUUCAGGGAUGUUAUGCAGGAAUGAAACUGAGAUCCAAUUGUAGAAAUUUUAACUUUGCGAAUUGUAAUUUCAGCUUCUACAUAAAGAGAGUACAAUGUCAAUAUCUGUACGGACUUUUUAUCCAA